UAUUCAACGAUGUUCAUUGCUAUCAAUCACAUAAAACCGCGGUUAAGUUGCUAGCUCUUUGUACUAAGAUUGUUUUCCCAUCAAUUCCUAACAACUUGGCAAUGACUAUCCAGAAAAUACUUCCUUUUCUUCUACUGCAGUUCCUGUACUUCCAUGAAUUGCAUGCUCAGAUACCUCCCAACAUAAGCUUGGGUUCUCGCAUCACGGCUGGAUCUGGUAAUUCUUGGCGAUCACUUUCUGAUGAAUUCGCGUUCGGGUUCUACCCUCUGCCCAACAAUCUUUACCUUGUUGGAAUUUGGUUUAACAAGAUCCCUGAAAGAACACUAGUCUGGUCAGCUAAUCGUGACUCUCCGGCAGUUGCCGGAUCCACAGUCAUACUCACGUCUGAAGGCCAGCUUACGCUCACACAUCUCAAUGGUAGUAUUCAAUCAAUAUACAGGGGGGGAAGAGCAGGUUUAGGCUUCAUGCAAGAUGAUGGCAACUUUGUUUUGAAAGAUGACAGUUCAAGUGUCAUCUGGCAGAGUUUUAAUUCACCAACAGACACAAUCUUACCAGGUCAAGUUCUUAAUAGUACCCAAAAGCUCUAUUCCAAUGCGAAUGGAACUGUUGAUUACUCCACUGGGAAUUUCAUGUUGGAAAUGCAAUAUGAUGGAAAGCUUGUGCUCUCUGCCUAUCACUUCGCUGAUCCUGGUUAUUGGUUAAUUGAAAGAGCUGGACAAAACAAUGUUCGUUUGGUGUUCAAUAAUUAUACUGCUUCCAUGUACCUUGCCAACGGUACUGGUGAUAAUAUCUACCCUUUAACAAGAAAUGUCUCAACCCCCGUUGGAGACUACUAUCACCGAGCAACAAUUAAUGAUCAUGGUGAUUUCCAACAAUUCACUUACCAUAUAUCAAAUAGCACUGGAUGGACAAGAGUAUGGAGGGCGAUCGCCGAGCCUUGCGUGGUGAACACUAUAUGUGGUGUCUAUGGCAUGUGUUUUUCUCUGAAUAAUGAGACAGCAACAUGUAAUUGCAUACCAGGUUACAUUCCAUUGGACCCUAAUCACGUGUCCAAAGGGUGUCGCCCAGAGACCGUGGUGAACUAUUGUGCUGACCGGCCUUCAGUGAGAAAUUUCACAAUUCAGGUGAUUGAUGGUGCAGACUUCCCACUUGAUGAUACCUUCGCAGACUUGGCUCGAGUGAAGAAUGUCGAUCUGGAGGGUUGCAAAAAAGCUCUUAUGGAUGAUUGUUACAGCUCGUCUGCUUCCUUGGUGGGUUCUACAUGUAUCAAGAAAAGGAUGCCUUUACUAAAUGCGAGAAAGAGUUUGUCUAGUGAAGGACACCAAGCGCUGGUGAAGGUGCCGAUGAAAAGCAAUCCUGGCAUUCCAGAUCAUAAAAAGAACAAUGAUUUUGACACUCGAGGUUUUCUAAAGAUUAGCCUUAUAGUUACUGCCACGCUUGCUUUCUGUUUUGGAGUUUCUGCCAUCUAUUACCAUCCUGCUCCUCGGAGAUUUAUCAAAAGGAAACGCUAUUCAAAUGCUAAUUCCAUUGGCAUAAACUUCCAGGAGUUCAAGUACCUGGAACUACAGAAGGCGACAAAUGGAUUCAGCAAGACCCUGGGUAGAGGAUCUUCUGCUGAAGUUUACAGUGGGAUUCUAAGCAUGAAGGACAUACAGAUUGAUAUUGCUGUAAAAGUGCUGAAGAAAUCGAUUGAAAAAGGCGAGAAGGAAUUCAUGACAGAGCUCAAAAUAAUAGGCCGGACAUACCACAAGAAUUUGGUAAGACUGUUGGGCUUUUGUGUUGAGAACAAUCAACAGCUUCUGGUCUAUGAGUUAAUGGCGAAUGGCUCGCUUGCCAAUCUUCUAUUCGGGAAGGGAUCAGAAAGACCUAACUGGGUUCUGAGGGCAAAAAUGGUGCUUCAAAUAGCUAGAGGAUUGCUCUACUUGCAUGAGGAAUGCGAGACACGGAUUAUCCAUUGUGACAUCAAGCCUGAGAAUGUACUGAUUGAUAACAAUUACACUGCUAAGCUUGCAGAUUUUGGCCUUUCCAAGCUUCUGAAUAGAGAUCAAACUAGAACAGACACAAAUUUCAGAGGCACAGUGGGGUAUCUGGCACCAGAAUGGAUAAGGCAUGAACAAGUGACAUCCAAAGUAGAUGUUUACAGCUUUGGUGUGAUGUUACUUGAAAUUCUAUGUUGCAGAAGGCAUAUAGAACCGAGCCGGGUUGAGGAAGAGAGUGAAGAGGAUGAUCUUGUUCUCUCGGACUGGGUUAUAAGUUGCAUGGCCGCCGGGAAGCUAGAGACGGUGGUAGGACAUGACCCUGAAGUAUUAAGUGAUUUCAAGAGAUUCGAGAGAAUGACCUUAGUGGGUUUAUGGUGCAUUCAACCUCACGCAAUGUUCAGACCUUCUAUGAAAAAGGUAACACAGAUGUUAGAGGGGACCUCGGAAAUCGGAAUCCCGCCUUCACUUUCCGAUCAAAUGUCAGUGAGUAAUUAAGUUUACUAGUAGUUGUUAAGAGAGUAAUGUUGUCUUAAAAAUGCAUGAUAUGGCUCAAUCUCAUGAUUAAUAAGCUAGUUUUGAGCACGAUUUCUUAUAAUAGAAAUGCAAAUGUAACGGGAGAAUGUAUUCUAAUAAUUUCCAAAUUUAUCACUAA